AGGGGGAGUUUAUAGAGGAACACAGGGGUCUGUACAAGGACGUGAUGAUGGAGAAUCACCGGCCCCUCACAUCACUGGAUGGGCCCAGUAACAGAGAUACCCCAGAGAGAUGUCCCCAUCCUCUGUAUUCCCUGGACUGUACAGAGGAGAAUCACAGGAUCCCACAGGAGGAUCAGGUAGAACGUCUGUCUGAUAUAAAGGCAGAAGAUAUAGAGGGAGAAGAAGAGACGUAUGUGACGGAUAUAAAGGCAGAAGAUUUAGAGGAAGAAGAAGAGACGUAUGUGACUGAUAUAAAGGCAGAAGAUAUAAAGGGAGAAGAAGAGACGUAUGUGACUGAUAUAAAGGCAGAAGAUAUAGAGGGAGAAGAAGAGACGUAUAUGACUGAUAUAAAGGCAGAAGAUAUAGAGGAAGAAGAAGAGACGUAUGUGACUGAUAUAAAGGCAGAAGAUAUAGAGGAAGAAGAAGAGACGUAUGUGACUGAUAUAAAGGCAGAAGAUAUAGAGGGAGAAGAAGAGACGUAUGUGACUGAUAUAAAGGCAGAAAAUACAGAGGGAGAAGAAGAGACGUAUGUUACUGAUAUGAAGGCAGAAGAUAUACAGGGAGAAGAAGAGACGUAUGUGACUGAUAUAAAGGCAGAAGAUAUAGAGGAAAAAGAAGAGACGUAUGUGACUGAUAUAAAGACAGAAGAUAUAGAGGGAGUAAAAGAGACGUAUGUGACUGAUAUAAAGGCAGAAAAUAUAGAGGGAGAAAAAGAGACGUAUGUGACUGAUAUGAAGGCAGAAGAUAUAGAGGGAGAAGAAGAGACGUAUGUGACUGAUAUAAAGGCAGAAGAUAUAGAGGGAGAAGAAGAGACGUAUGUGACUGAUAUGAAGGCAGAAGAUAUAGAGGGAGAAGAAGAGACGUAUGUGACUGAUAUAAAGGCAGAAGAUAUGGAGGGAGAAGAAGAGACAUAUGUGACUGAUAUGAAGGCAGAAGAUAUGGAGGUAGAAGAAGAGACGUAUGUGACUGAUAUGAAGACAGAAGAUAUAGAAGGAGAAGAAGAGACGUAUGUGACUGAUAUAAAGGCAGAAGAUAUAGAGGGAGAAGAAGAGAUGUAUGUGACUGAUAUAAAGGCAGAAGAUAUAGAGGGAGAAGAGACGUAUGUGACUGAUAUGAAGGCAGAAGAUAUAGAGGGAGAAGAAGAGACGUAUGUGACUGAUAUAAAGGGAGAAGAUAUAGAGGGAGAAGAAGAGACGUAUGUGAGUGAUAUAAAGGGAGAAUAUAUAGAGGGAGAAGAAGAGACGUAUGUGACUGAUAUAAAGGCAGAAGAUAUAGAGGGAGAAGAAGAGACGUAUGUGACUGAUAUAAAGGCAGAAGAUAGAGAGGAAGAAGAAGAGACGUAUGUGACGGAUAUAAAGGCAAAAGAUAUAGAGGAAGAAGAAGAGACGUAUGUGACUGAUAUGAAGGCAGAAGAUAUAGAGGGAGAAGAAGAGACGUAUGUGACUGAUAUAAAGGGAGAAGAUAUAGAGGGAGAAGAAGAGACGUAUGUGAGUGAUAUAAAGGGAGAAUAUAUAGAGGGAGAAGAAGAGACGUAUGUGACUGAUAUAAAGGCAGAAGAUAUAGAGGGAGAAGAAGAGACGUAUGUGACUGAUAUAAAGGCAGAAGAUAGAGAGGAAGAAGAAGAGACGUAUGUGACGGAUAUAAAGGCAAAAGAUAUAGAGGAAGAAGAAGAGACGUAUGUGACUGAUAUAAAGGCAGAAGAUAUAGAGGAAGAAGAAGAGACGUAUGUGACUGAUAUAAAGGCAGAAGAUAUAGAGGGAGAAGAAGAGACGUAUGUGACUGAUAUAAAGGCAGAAGAUACAGAGGGAGAAGAAGAGACGUAUGUGACUGAUAUAAAGGCAGAAGAUAUAGAGGGAGUAAAAGAGACGUAUGUGACUGAUAUAAAGGCAGAAAAUAUAGAGGGAGAAAAAGAGACAUAUGUGACUGAUAUAAAGGCAGAAGAUAUGGAGGGAGAAGAAGAGACGUAUGUGACUGAUAUGAAGGCAGAAGAUAUGGAGGGAGAAGAAGAGACGUAUGUGACUGAUAUGAAGACAGAAGAUAUAGAAGGAGAAGAAGAGACGUAUGUGACUUAUAUAAAGGCAGAAGAUAUAGAGGGAGAAGAAGAGACGUAUGUGACUGAUAUGAAGACAGAAGAUAUAGAGGGAGAAGAAGAGACGUAUGUGACUGAUAUAAAGGCAGAAGAUAUAGAGGGAGAAGAAGAGACGUAUGUGACUGAUAUAAAGGCAGAAGAUAUAGAGGGAGAAGAAGAGACGUAUGUGACUGAUAUGAAGACAGAAGAUAUAGAGGGAGAAGAAGAGACGUAUGUGACUAAUAUAAAGGCAGAAGAUAUAGAGGGAGAAGAAGAGACGUAUGUGACUGGUAUAAAGGCAGAAGAUACAGCGGGAGAAGAAGAGACGUAUGUGAGGGGUGAUCAGCAGUGUAAGGAGGAGGAGAUCCCUACAGAUGUCAGCACAGCAGAUGGACACACAAGCAGGAAUAUCUCAGAAGGACAUCUAAUGUUAUCCCCGGAUUGUGACAUAAGAGAUAAUGACAGUAGACAGGAUUCUCCAGGAGAUCACCCCAUUACACCUAUUAUACAUCCAGCUCUAUCAGCUGAUCCCUCUGAUCCUGGGAAAUGUUCUCCUGAUCACUCUGAUAUUGGUGCAUCUGUUACAGCUCUGACAGUAGAUACAGUGUUUCCCUGUUCUAUAGAUGCCAAAUGUUUUACACAGAACACAAAGCCUAUUAACGCACACACAGAUAAGGCAGGUGAGAGGCCACUGAUAUGUUCAGAGUGCGGGAAAUGUUUUACACAAAAUUCACAACUUGUUACACAUCAGCAAAGUCACACAGGUGAGAAGCCAUUUCCAUGUUCUGAGUGUGGGAAAUGUUUUGUAUCGAAAUCACAUCUUGUUAUACAUAACAGAAGUCACACAGGUGAGAAGCCAUUUUCUUGCUCUGAGUGUGGGAAAUGUUUUACAUGGAAAUCACAUCUUGUUAGACAUCAGCAAAGCCACACAGGUGAGAAGCCAUUUUCUUGCUCUGAAUGCGGGAAAUGUUUUUCACGGAAAUCACAUCUUGUUAGACAUCAGCAAAGCCACACAGGUGAGAAGCCAUUUCCGUGUUCUGAGUGUGGGAAAUGUUUUUCACGGGAAUCACAUCUUGUUAGACAUCACAGAAGUCACACAGGUGAGAAACCAUUUUCUUGCUCUGAGUGUGGGAAAUGUUUUACACGGAAAUCAGAUCUUGUUAUACAUCACAGAAGUCACACAGGUGAGAAGGCAUUUCCAUGUUCUGAGUGUGGGAAAUGUUUUGCACGGAAAUUAGAUCUUGUUAUUCAUCACAGAAGUCACACAGGUGAGAAGCCAUUUCCAUGUUCUGAGUGUGGGAAAUGUUUUGCACACAAAUCAGAUCUUGAUGUACAUCACAGAAGUCACACAGGUGAGAAGCCAUUUGCAUGUUCUGAGUGUGGGAAAUGUUUUGCACAUAAAUCAGAUCUUGUUAGACAUCAGCGAACUCACACAGGUGAGAGGCCAUUUUCUUGCUCUGAGUGUGGGAAAUGUUUUACAAAGAAAUCAUAUCUUGUUAGACAUCAGCGAACUCACACAGGUGAGAGGCCAUUUUCUUGCUCUGAGUGUGGGAAAUGUUUUACAUGGAAAUCCCAACUUGUUACACAUCAGCAAAGUCACACAGGUGAGAAGCCAUUUCCAUGUUCUGAGUGUGGGAAAUGUUUUACACAGAAAUCAGAUCUUGUUAUACAUCACAGAAGUCACACAGGUGAGAAGCCAUUUUCUUGCUCUGCGUGUGGGAAAUGUUUUACAAAGAAAUCACAUCUUGUUAGACAUCAGCGAACUCACACAGGUGAGAGGCCAUUUCUAUAAUCUGAGAAAUAAAUUAGCUCUUGCACACAAUAAACAUCACUCAGGUGAGGAACCAUUUUAAUCUUC